AUGUCCUGGAUGAAGAGGGAGUCAGCAUGGAAGAAUUUAGGAGGGAGGGCAUUUGAGAAAGGAAACAAGUUUACAAGUGGCAUCGCGGUCAACUAUGGUGCCAGUCUCAUCGUUGCGAAGGAAGGCGACACCGCAGACCAAGGCAACGGCACUGACGUAUCAGGCAACCAGGGGGUCCGAAUAUCCAGCAAGCCAGAGCCGGCAACGAAGAUUGAUAUUGGCAAGCGUAUGCCCAGUUUCAAAGUUUUGAGUCAAGCGGACGCACGUCCGUGGCAUCUGCAAGAACUGUUGAAGAGCAACAGGCGUUGGCAGGUGAUCAUUUUCCCUGGACGACUCACCAAGCACCUCAACAUGCAGCGCUUGUAA